AUGACCCAAACCAACAUUACUACUGAUCAAUUAGCUCUUUUUUCUUUAAAAUCCCAAAUUAUUUCAGACCCUUUUAACUUCUUGAAUGAAAGUUGGUCUCCCGCUAUUUCUGUUUGUCAUUGGGUAGGAGUCACUUGUGGUGCUCGUCACCAGCGAGUGAAGUCCUUGAAUCUUUCCUACAUGGCUCUUUCAGGAAGGAUCCCCCGUGAUUUUGGAAACCUCACGUUUCUUGUUUCUCUAGACUUGAGUGGCAACAAUUUCCAGGGAAACUUGCCUCAAGAAAUGGCACGUUUGUGUCGACUUAAGUUUAUUGGUUUAAGUUUCAACAACUUCAACGGGGAGCUUCCUUCUUGGUUUGAGUUCUUACACCGACUUCAAGUUCUAAAUCUUGGAUAUAAUAAUUUCACUGGUAUCAUUCCCUCCACAGUUUCUAAUAUUUCUAAGCUAGAAACUUUGGGUUUGGCAUCCAAUUUCUUAGAGGGUCAAAUCCCAGAAGAGAUUGGAAAUCUUAAAAAUCUGAGGACUUUAGACUUGAGAAGAAACAAGCUAGUAGGCUCUAUUCCUCCGUCACUCUCGAAUGCCUCAAUGUUGGAAACUUUAAGACUCUCUUCUAAUUUCCUUCAAGGAAAUAUCCCAAAAGGGAUCGGCAAUCUUCACCACCUGAAUUGGUUGUCUAUAGAAAAUAAUCAACUUACGGGUUCUAUACCAUUCACAAUUUUCAAUAAUUCUAGAAUCCAAGUCAUUUCAUUUACAAACAAUAGCUUAUCAGGAAAUCUUCCCAAUGGAUUAUGCAAUGGUCUCUCAAUACUCAAAGGGCUUCAUCUAUCAAUGAACAAGUUUCAUGGUCAUAUGCCUACAAGCUUGUCAAAUUGUUCACAACUUCAAAUAUUGUCUUUAUCAUAUAAUGAUUUUGAUGGACCAAUACAUAGUGAAAUUGGAAGAUUGAGUAACUUGCAAACAUUGUAUCUUGGAUAUAACCAUUUCACAGGAAUUCCACUAGAAUUUGGAAAUCUUGUUAAUUUGGAGAAGUUAGACAUAGCGAGAAACAAGAUUAAUGGCUCUUUCCCAAUCUCUGUAUUCAAUAUCUCCUCCUUGCAAGAAUUGUUACUGGGAAGGAACAAUCUCAAGGGAUCCUUACCACGGGAAAUUGGAAACUUAACCAAAAUGCAUAUUCUACAGCUUGACCAAAAUAUAUUUACCGGUGAAAUACCCAAAGAGAUAAGAAAUCUUGUUGAGUUGGAGGAACUUAGUCUUUGGGAUAAUAGAUUUGACGGUCAACUUGAUAUCGAGAUCUUCAACAUAUCAGGGUUGAGAGAAAUUGAUGUAUCACACAACAAUCUAUCAGGAACUCUGCCAUCGAACAUAGGAUUUAUUGGAGAUGGUCUAUGUAAACUGCAACAUUUGGGUGCCAUUUACUUUGGUAAGAAUGAAUUUUCAGGAUCUCUUCCUAAUUGUCUAGGGAAUGUUACUUCACUUAGAGAGAUACAUAUGGGUUCCAACAAAUUCAGUUCCAAUAUACCAGCAAGCUUAGGGAAUCUUAAAGAUGUAUUGUCUCUUGACUUGUCGUCAAACAACAUGGUUGGUUCUUUACCUCUCGAAAUCGGAAAUUUAAAGGCUGCGACACUGAUAGAUCUGUCAAUGAAUCAAUUCUCAAAUGGAAUUCCUAUAGAAAUUGGAGGAUUGCAGAAUCUGGUGCACCUUUCUUUGAGGCACAACAAGUUACAAGGAUCUAUACCUGACUCAUUGAGCAACAUGGUAGGUUUGGAAUUCCUAGACCUUUCUCAUAACAAUAUAUCGGGAACCAUUCCUAUGUCUUUGGAGAAACUUCAAAACAUGAAGUAUUUCAAUGUUUCUGUCAACAUGUUGCAUGGUGAAAUUCCCUCGGGGGGUCCUUUCAAGAACCUCUCGAGUCAGUUUUUCAUCAACAAUGAAGCAUUGUGUGGUUCUUCAAGGUUUAGUGUCCCGCCAUGCCCCACAUCAUCAAAGCAUAGAUCAAAUAGGAAAAAAGUGCUUGUUCUAUUUCUUAUGCUGGGAGUUGCACUUGUAUUUGUUCCUAUUACCCUUUUGUUUGUAUGGAUAAGGUAUAGAAGAGAUAAGAAAUACCCUCAACAAGAUGAUUCAUUGUCUAUUGCAACAAGAGGAAGAAUUUCAUACUAUGAAUUGCUCCAAGCAACUGAUUCUCUCAGCGAGAGUAAUCUGAUUGGUUCCGGAAGUUUUGGCUCUGUCUACAAAGGCAUUCUCAGAAGUGGGACUGCUAUUGCAGUUAAAGUGUUUAAUCUGCAACUGGAUAUGGCAUUCAAGAGUUUCGAUACAGAAUGUGAUGUUUUGCGCAACCUUCGCCAUAGGAAUCUCAUAAAAGUCAUCACUAGUUGUUCCAACAUUGAUUUUAAGGCUUUAGUGCUCGAGUAUAUGCCUAAUGGGAGUCUUGAGAAGUAUUUGUAUUCUCACAACUACUUCUUGGACAUCAAGCAAAGACUAAGCAUAAUAAUAGAUGUGGCAUGUGCAUUGGAAUAUCUCCACCAUGGCUAUUCCUCGCCCGUAAUUCACUGA